GAGUCCAGUAGCACCUUUAAGACUAACCAAAUUUAUUGUAGCAUAAGCUUUUGAGAAUCACAGCUCUCUUGCACCUGACAACCCUUAGACAGGCGCUGCAUAGAGCAUUGCACGGACCACAUUGAGCAUUGCACCGACAACAAGGGUUGCAAAUAUUGCUGCCUGACGCAGACUCCCUUUGUAGCUGGGGAAGUGGGGGGUGGGGGGAGGUCCUUUCCCACAUUGCACCGACAGCCAUUAGACAAGCGCUGCAUAGAGCAUUGCACGAACCACAUUGAGCAUUGCACCGAGAGCAAGAGCAGCAAAUGUUGCUGCCCGGCGCAGACUCCCUUUACGGCUGGGGAAGAGGGAGGGGGGUCCGUUCCCACGUGACAGGCAGCAGGCUUUUCCAGCAUGGCGGCUCCCAGUGUGGUUCUUCCGAGUCGGCGAGGCGGUGGCGGAAGUGCGGGCUUGCAUGCAGCGUGAGCCAGCCUGAAAGGCGAGCCGGAGCCGGGGAGCCGGGCAGGAACUUUGGGAGAAGAUCUCGGGAGACGCGCAUGAUGAUUUGAAGCACCAUGCUGGUCGCUGCCUAUGUCGCUUUUGCUUUCCUCCUGGCGAUAUGCGUCAGCCUGGAAUUCUCCGCCUGCCGUUCCAAGAUCACCGGCCGGUCUUGCUCCAAUCCAGCUUUCCUGCGAUUCCAGCUGGACUAUUACCAGGUCUACUUCUUGGCUCUUGCGGCUGAUUGGUUGCAAGGGCCUUACCUUUACAAACUGUACCAACACUAUCACUUUCUGGAGGGCCAGAUCGCCAUCAUCUAUGUCUGCGGCUUUGCCUCCACUGUCCUGUUCGGGCUAGUCUCCUCUUCCCUGGUUGACCGCUUGGGCCGUAAGAAAUCCUGCAUCCUCUUCUCCUUGACUUACUCGGUCUGCUGCCUGACAAAACUCUCUUGGGAUUAUUUUGUGCUGGUUGUUGGAAGGGUCUUGGGAGGGCUGUCCACCGCCCUGCUGUUCUCUGCCUUCGAAGCCUGGUAUGUGCACGAACACGUGGAACGCUAUGACUUCCCCUCCGACUGGAUUCCUGCCACUUUCUCUAAGGCGGCCUUCUGGAAUAGCGUCAUCGCUGUCGGAGCAGGGGUGGUGGCCAACGUCUUUGCUGAAUGGCUGGGCUUGGGCCCGGUGGCCCCCUUUAUGGUCUCCAUCCCCUUUCUUGUGAUGGCCGGUGUCUUGGCCAUGAAGAACUGGGAUGAGAAUUACGGCAAGAAGCGGGCACUCUCCAGGACUUGCACCGACGGCUUGAAAUGUCUCCUCUCCGACCGCCGGGUCCUGCUCUUGGGUACCAUCCAAGCCUUGUUUGAAAGCGUCAUCUAUAUCUUCAUCUUCCUCUGGACACCGGUCUUGGAUCCCCACAACCCGCCGCUGGGCAUCGUCUUCUCCAGCUUUAUGGCAGCCAGCAUGGUGGGAUCGUCGCUGUACCGCAUUGCCACGUCCAAGAAAUACCACCUCCAACCCAUGCAUAUCCUCUCCCUCUCGGUCCUGAUGGUUUUCUUUUCCCUUUUCAUGUUGACUUUCUCCACCAACCCUGGGCAGGAGAACCCUUUGGAAUCCUUCUUGGCCUUCCUCCUCAUCGAGCUCUCUUGUGGACUCUACUUCCCGUCCAUGGGAUUCCUCCGACAGAAAGUGAUCCCCGAAAAGGACCAGGCCGGCGUGAUGCAUUGGUUCCGCGUCCCACUGAACCUGCUGGCCUGCCUCGGCCUGCUUAUCCUCCAUGACAGUGACUACAAGACGGGCACCAGGAACAUGUUCACCAUCUGCUCCGUCAUGAUGGUGAUGGCGCUCUUGGCGGUCGUAAGCCUCUUCACCGUGGUCCGUAACAAUGCAGAACUCAGAAUGCCCAGCCCAGCGGGUCAUACUGAAACCUCUUCUGAGCUCUGAUCCCGUUGCUUGAGAUACUGUGCUGGGGGAAGAGUCUUCGGCGCUCAGCCGUUGUGCAGUAGUUGCCUCUCACUUGUUGACAUGCCGAUAGAGGGUAUCGGCGAGGACUCUGCAUAGAAAAUACUGAGCCUCUGCUAAAUACUAUGUUAUCUUCCAUAUCGGAGGAAUCCUUUUUUUAAAAAAUGGGGUUUUUUGCUCUUUCCAGUAAAGUCAGUCCACUUCAGACUAGAUGGUCAAAUCUCCGGCAAGCAUCGCUUUCUUUUCUGCACUUUGGAGUUCUUGAUUCCAAGAGCUUUUUGACUUCUCUUAGCAAACCCGGAGGGGGGGCAUCUCCUCUACCACUAGCACCCGUAGUGGUUAAGAGAGGGAUAGGAGGCGGCAUAUUAGAAGGGCAUAGCCUCUUUUUUAAAAAAAGAAAAUUAAAACGAGCAGUGGGGGGUGAUAGGUAUCAAUAUUUAUCAGUAUUGGACUGAGUCACGACUAUAUCAGCCCGAUUCCUUACGGUCUAUCCUGUGCUUUAAAAAAAAAAUA